AUGCGGCGGGCAACACCCCGACAGGUUGGCUUCGUCUGCGACUCCUGCGCUUUCACCAGGGUCCAGGCCGGCCAGGCCGCGACGCAGCGGCUCUUCCUCAGCAAGGUCGCCACUUCACAAACCCGCUCGCCCUCCAUAGUACCAGCAUGGAGCCCAAUCGCUCCACGAUGGUCCUCUACCGUCGCCGCCGCAACCUCACCCGGCGCCGCCGCCGCUGCCGGCUCCGAGGCGGUACCAAAACUCCCAGCGGCUUCGGGAGCGCCGUCGCCGCCGCAAAUCACCGACCCGCGCGAGCUCGCCAACGUCGCAGAGGAUAGCCGCAAUAAGUUCCUCUCCGUCGACGGCAUCCCCGCGCAGCAGCUCACGGCCGCCGCCCUGCAGUCGUGCCUGCGCGCCGCCGCCGCGCUGCACCCCCAGCUGAAGCGCGCCGAGGCCCAGUCCAAGGCGUCCGCGUCGCGCCUCGUCGCACUCGGCGCCGAGCGAACGGGCACGCGGCUCCCCAUCGACGCGAAGCUGCAGGACGCCGUCAACCGGAUAUCCUACGCGGCGUACACCAUCAUCAACCACCCCAACGUCGAGAUGACGCCCGAGUUCCUCGAGACGUACGUCCAGGUCCAGUCGCAGCUCGGCCGCCCCGAGUCCCUGCCCUCGGUGCUCGAGCUCUACGCCUCGAAACCGAAGCCCGUCGUCAAGGAUGGCCAGAUCCAGUACGUCGCGCAGAACCCCAACGCCGCGGCCCGCGCCAUCGAGGUUGGCGUGGCCGAGGCCGCGCUGCAGACCGCCGUCGACGCGAAGAACCUCGACGCUGCUCUCGGCAUCGUCGACGCCGCCUACUGCGUCCCCGCCUUCAAGCGCCAGAAGCUCAUCAAGAACGCGACCGCCCCGGCAAUUGGCCUGGCCACGCUCCCCUUUGGCAUCUUCGGCCUGUCAACGGCCUACGCCGCCUACUGGCAAAACACCAUGGACGUCACCACGGCCACGGGUAUCGGCGUCGCGGGCAUCUCUGGAUACUUCUUCGUCGUCGGCUCGCUGGGCCUCAUCGCCAAGCUCAGCAACAAGGACCAGAUGCGGCGCGUCACCUGGGCGCCUGGCACGCCCCUCCGGUACCGCUGGCUGCGCGAGGACGAGCGACGGGCUCUCGACAAGGUGGCGUGCGCAUGGGGUUUCCAGGAGCCGUGGCGACACGGCGAGGAGACGGGGCCUGAGUGGGAGGGCCUGAAGGAGUACAUGGGCUACAGAGGGAUGCUGCUCGACCGCGUCGAGUUCAUGGAGGGCAUGAGCUAA